AUGUCGCCCAGCGGCGAACGCCUCAAGGAUGAGGGCUCCCGCCUGCAGGUCGUAACGGCCGGCGCCACCGCCGGCCUUUUUGCACGCUUUGUAAUCGCCCCCCUCGAUGUCGUCAAGAUCCGCCUCCAAUUGCAAACACACUCGCUCUCCGACCCUCUGUCGAUCCAGUCCGCCAGGGGCGGGCCCGUGUACAAGGGCACACUGGGUACCUUGAAGCACAUUCUUGCAAACGAGGGCAUCACAGGGCUAUGGAAAGGCAAUAUCCCUGCGGAGUUGAUGUAUGUCUGCUACUCGGCAGUCCAAUUCACCACCUACCGCUCGACAGCCCAGCUAUUACAGGUGACCUUCGAUAACCGGCUACCACAUGCCGCUGAGUCUUUUGUUGCCGGAGCUGCCGCCGGGGCUGCGGCUACAACGGCCACAUACCCCCUCGAUCUGCUACGGACUCGUUUCGCGGCGCAAGGGAACGAGCCAGUGUAUACUAGUCUUCGGCACGCCGUCACCGAUAUCUACCGAGACGAAGGUCUUCGCGGCUUCUUCCGUGGGCUCGGACCCGGUGUGGCGCAGAUUGUGCCGUACAUGGGUAUCUUCUUCGCCACGUACGAGGGACUGCGCCUGCCACUCGGGGACUUGCAUCUCCCCUGGGGUGGUGGUGAUGCCACUGCAGGUGUGAUAGCGAGUGUGCUGUCCAAAACGGCUGUUUUCCCCCUCGAUCUGGUCCGGAAACGUAUACAAGUCCAGGGCCCCACGAGAGCUCGGUAUGUGCAUAAAAACAUUCCCGAGUAUCCUGGGGCGGUGCGGGCUCUGCGGAUGAUCUUCUUGAGUGAGGGUAUCCGAGGGUUAUACCGUGGUUUGACAGUUAGUCUUAUCAAAGCCGCACCGGGAAGUGCUGUCACAGUUUGGACGUAUGAGAGAAUGUUGAGGUUUUUGAUGAGACUCGAUAAUACUGACGAAAAGCGUUUCUGA